AUGGCUCCCUCAGCUUCCAAGUGGUGGCAAGCCCCCGACGAUGCCGACCUCGAUUACGGAUUCGAGUCUGACGAUCUCGACACUAGAUUCGCCGAACCUGUUCGGAAUUACUCGCACCGGCGGCCGUUGACCCGACAAGAAAGCGAACGAGAAGCGCGAGAACAGGAAGCAGACGGUGAGGGAGGAGUACUUAGAAAUAUGUCGGCUUGGUUCCAGCGCCAAGCUGGUUCACAUAAUUCCCAGCUUGCUACGACGGCUGUGCUGUCGGGCGCUGCGGCUGCGGCUGCGGUUUUUGGCUAUCAAGCAUAUAAGAGAAAGGAAGCGGUCAAUGAUCUGAAAGCUUCUAUUCCGGCGGUUGGUGAGGAACACCGUGAGGGAAAGGGUCUUGCGAAGCUUCGGUCAUCAUUUAUUAUCGUUGUUGGCUGUGGUGGUGUGGGCUCUCAUGCCGCGGCAUCAUUGGCGAGAUCCGGCGUCGCGAAGAUCCGUCUCAUUGACUUCGACCAAGUUACGUUGUCCUCGCUCAACAGACACGCAUUGGCUACUCUGGCAGACGUUGGUACACCGAAGGUCCACUGUAUUCGGAGGCGGCUGGAGCAGAUUGCGCCCUGGGUGAUGUUCGAUUGUCGCAACGAGCUCUUUGGCAAAUCCGCGGCUGAUGAUCUCCUCGGCCCAUGGACAUUGACACACGACGGAGAAGGCCGACGACCAGACUUCGUGCUGGACUGUAUCGAUAAUAUUACCUCCAAGGUUGAUCUGCUUCACUACUGCCAUACGAACUCGCUUCCAGUGAUCUCGUCUAUGGGCGCCGGUUGCAAGUCGGACCCGACUCGGGUGGUGGUUGGAGAUAUCUCCAACACCAUCGAUGAUCCCCUCGCCCGCAGCACACGGCGCCGAUUGAAGGCGUUGGGAGUGAGCUCCGGCAUCGCCGCUGUUUUCUCAACUGAGAAACCUGGUCCGGGCAAAGCGAGCUUGCUGCCUCUGCCCGAUGAAGAGUUUGCCAAGGGCCAAGUUGGCGAACUAGGUGUUCUCCCUGAUUUCCGCGUCCGUAUCCUCCCCGUGCUGGGCACUAUGCCUGCAGUUUUUGGCUACACUGUCGCCAACCACGUUAUCUGCUCUGUGUCUGGAUAUCCAAUUGACUACUGUGUGUCUGCCAAAGGUCGCGAGAAGCUAUAUGAUAGCGCUCUGGCUUUCUUGCAGGGUUUUAUGGAAAGGCAAGUGCGGCAGGUCGCGGGAGAAGAUCCCGUUGGGCUCCGCCUUCCAAUCACAAAAGAUGAUCUCGCAUUCCUGGUGGAAGAGGUCUGGAGGGGUAGAAGUGCGAUCACUGGAUUGUCCAACCGUCUGGUUUUGAUCCCCUGGGAGACCCCAGCACAAGGAUUUGGCAUGGACCGGACUUGGGAGGGAGAAAAAGAUGGACAGAAGGUCAUCCGGCUCGAACUGACGGACUUGGUUUGUAUGACCAAGGACGAAGCGACCCUCCAUGAGCGCGAGGUCAUCCGCGGGAGCCGAAGGCCUGAAGAUGUAUAUGACGAGGCAGCUCUGCAGCGAGUGACCCUGCGAAAGAAGGAGAUAGAGGCCUAUCAACAGUACCGGUAG